CCAUCUUAGUUGCGUUCUUCCUGCGGUGGAGGCGGUGUGUGGAGAGUGUGUGGGCGGCGGCCGGCUCGUCCCGCCCUGUGGUGCUGCGCAGGGCUGAGGAGCGCUGCAGUUAGUGUAAUCUUGGCAUACGUUCAGAGAAAACAAUGUCCAGCGUCCCAGUGGCUGUGGUGACAGGGGCCAACAAAGGGAUUGGCUUUGCAAUUGUGCGGGCUCUAUGCAAGCAGUUCCCAGGGGAUGUGUACUUGACAGCCCGAGACCCUGGACGUGGCCAGGAAGCAGUGGCUAAGCUGCAGAAGGAAGGGCUGCAUCCUCUCUUCCACCAGUUGGAUAUUGAUGAUCUGCAGAGCAUCAGAACUUUCCGAGACUUCCUAAAGGAGAAAUAUGGAGGGUUGACUGUGCUGGUUAACAAUGCAGGGAUUGCUUUCAAAGUUGCUGACACUACCCCAUUUGCAGUCCAAGCAGAGGUUACACUAAAGACGAACUUUUUUGGAACCAGGAAUGUUUGCACCGAACUGUUGCCUCUUGUGAAGCCUUAUGGCAGAGUGGUGAACGUCUCUAGUAUGGUGAGUAGCUCAGCUCUGGCAAGUUGCAGCAAAGAACUUCAGCAAAAGUUUCGCAGUGACGUGAUCACUGAGGAAGAAUUGGUGAAACUCAUGACAAAAUUUGUAGAAGAUACCAAGAAGAAUGUACAUGGGAAGGAGGGUUGGCCCAAUACUGCCUAUGGGGUAUCCAAAAUUGGUGUCACAGUCUUGUCCAGGAUUCAAGCCCGGAUGUUGAAUGAGAAAAGAAAAGGUGACCACAUCCUUCUCAAUGCCUGCUGUCCCGGGUGGGUGAGAACAGACAUGGCAGGUCCUCAAGCCCCUAAAUCACCAGAUGAAGGGGCUGAGACCCCAGUUUACUUAGCCCUUUUGCCUGCUGAUGCUGAUGGGCCUCAUGGCCAGUUUCUUAGUGACAAAACUGUUCGAACCUGGUGAGCCACAUGGAAGUGGUAACAUAGCUGUGGCUCAGACUGUGUCCUGGGAGGGCACACUUACCCGGAGCAGUCUUGUCCUGUCCCCACAGCACCAGGGUCUGUUAUCAUUACAAUGAUAAUUACAGUUACGGUACUUCUCCUGUACCUCCCAGCUUACAGCAGUGUCCGUUGGCCUCCACAUACCAUUGACCGUGUCGCCAGAAAUCUGAUUUUUGGGUGUACCUGCGCAGAUGAUGUGAAUUAAUAUGAUAUUGCCCUAAUGUAGAGUUACUUGGCCUUGUUUUACCUGAAUUUACUCUUAAUUAAAUAAUUGCCUUUCUGUCACUCUCUUUGAAACAGCCCAACUCUGACAUGGAGUUGGGAUUAGGAAGCAAAUGCCUUACCUUUUUUCAGUGCAAAAGGGUUUUCUGUGAACCACACUUGCUUUGGGGAGUUGUAGGGAUUUUGUCUUUUUGUAUUUAAAUGUAGAUUUCUUGUUUUGCUAUAGUCUGACCAGUUUGAGGGAAGGUUAAUAAGACUGGAACAAGGUUGCUGUUACAUAGAGAUUCCUUAUUAUUGUUACAAAACAGAAUUAGGUGAAAAUAAAAAUAAUGAUUUAACAUUAACAAAAAAAAUAAUCUGUUGACUUUAUUAAUAUCUGUAUUAACAUGCAUAUCAAAAAAUGAUUACUUACUGGUUUAUAUUUGAACAAUUGGUUUAUCCUGAUUCUGAAAAUCUAUAAUAUAUGUUUGAACAUACAUCUACAUUUUCUACACCUAGAUUUGAUGCUGGAAUAUAUGAUGUUCUGAACAUAUAAAGAGAAAAUAAACGAAAAACUAAUUUACUGAA